ACAGCUCCACUGUGUUUCCUCCUCCCGCCCCGCCUCCUGCCCAUGUGCAGCCGCGGAGCUGAUGUCAUCGCUUGGGCUGCCCGAAUGUGUGUCAGUGGGGCAAGCCUUUGAUUCUGUCACAUGCAGGCUACACAUGAGCCAGCCACGGAGCUACGCCAGAUCCUAACUCCCCCGCGCCUUGCCUGGCUAGAAAACAACAGCGUUUUCUGGAGUUGAACAAGCAAAAAAAUAAACCAGCCACAGCAGGAAAGCUCACCCACAUAGCCUCGAAUUAAGGGAACUGGGUUGGGGAGGGGAGCGACUCGGUUACAGAGCCUUUUGCCGAGCCUUGCUUCAGAAAGCACGUGAAGUCGCAAUCGAGAACACGACGCUGCUUCCUGGAAGCACAAACCAUUUUGCAGAGCUCGGUGGCUCAGGAGUCGGCAAGCACGCGCGCGCGCUCUUUCUCUUCUCUCUCUCACAUAUACACACGCCGGCAGGAGAAGAGGGGGGUCGGUGGAGAGGAUUCCCUCACCGCGCACAGCCGGCUUGAUACCGAUCGCCCCCUUUCUAGUCAUUUUUGCUCAUUUGGGAGAGCGGAGUCCUUCCUACGAAAGCAAGCAAGCAAGCAAGCGAACCCAACGUGCAACUCUUCAUUGCCUUCCUCAAGGCGAUUCCCUACCACCACCACCACCCUUUUUUUUUUUUUGCAACCCAAGAACCAGGUUUGCAUUAAUAACGGGAGGACGGCGAGAGAGACCCAGCAUGGAUAAUAAUUCCGGUGGCGUGAUCCUCUAUGUGGGUUCAACAGCUGGCUCCAGCCCCACUCCAGGCAGCCCUCCCAGUGGAUAUCUGGUAUCUUCACCCCAACACUCACUGCCAUCCUCGUUAGAAGAGCUGACCCUCACCGAGAUUGGAGCCAUCAAGCCACAGCAGGCCAGCUCCCCCUCUUCACCCAAGGUAGCCUUCCAGUUUCCUGAAGGGAUCUGCUACCCCAGCAAGGGCCAGCUACCCUCAACAUUAAAUAAGGUGCCUACCGCCAAGCAGAAUGGAGCCACCAGCACUUUCACAAAGACUGGUGGGAUGGUGUUGCUUUGCAAAGUUUGUGGAGACAUUGCUUCAGGCUUCCACUAUGGGGUUCACGCUUGUGAAGGAUGUAAGGGUUUUUUCCGCCGGAGCAUCCAGCAGAACAUCAACUACAAGAUGUGCGUGAAGAAUGAAAAUUGCAUGAUCAUGCGUAUGAAUCGCAACCGCUGCCAGCACUGCCGCUUCAAGAAGUGUCUGUCGGUGGGGAUGUCAAGAGAUGCUGUGCGUUUUGGGCGCAUCCCUAAGCGAGAGAAGCAGCGCCUGUUGGAUGAGAUGCAAAGCUACAUGAACAGCCUGAAUGAAGUCCCCAUGGAUGUGGGCCUGAGCUCUGAGGUGGAUGCUCCACCCAGUCCUAAUACCCAGGAAGAAGAGGCAAUAAAUGCCAUCUCCAGGGCUUACCAUGACAUCUUCCUUAGCGGGCAGGACCGCCUAGGCAGGCGUAGUAGCUCCCCAGGGGCAGAGACUGCCCCUUUGACCAACUACAACGAACAGCCGCAGCUGAAUCAUUCCCUGGGUUAUGGGCGAUACGAAUCAGCCACUCUCCACCUCUCCAGCUACAGCCCUGAAGAACCAACCUGUUUCGUUGACAACAGUCCCUCCUGCUAUGGCAAUGAGAUCUUCCAGAACCAGCAGACCAGUUAUCUUCAAAAUGCUGGAUGCUACCCACCCUUUGAUUUUGAUUAUUCUGAGGGAAAUGUCCAGAGGAGCUGUCUAUGGCGGGGAACCACCAGAAGGGGCAUUGCUUGUCCUCUGAAUGCCACCCCUUAUUGUGGCAGUGGCAAGAGCAGUCAGCAAGUGUGGGAAGAGUUCUUACAGUGCUUCACACCAGCUGUCAAGGAGGUGGUUGAGUUUGCCAAGAGCAUUCCAGGCUUCCAGUCACUCUGCCAGCAAGAUCAAGUGAUGCUCCUCAAAGCGGGCACUUUCCAGGUGCUGAUGGUACGCUUCUCCACCCUCUUCAGUCCCAAGGAGAAGAAAGUAACAUUUCUGAGUGGGGAAACAUAUUCACUUGGCAGCCUACGUUCCAUGGGCAUGGGCUCUCUGCUGGAUGCCAUGUUUGAGUUCAGCGAGAAGCUCAGUUCCUUGGGGCUAGAUGCACAGGAGAUGGCCCUCUUCAUGGCUGUGGUCCUUGUCUCAGCAGAUCGCUCUGGGGUCUCCGAUGUGGAUGCUAUUGAAAUUCUUCAGGAGACAUUAAUCCGGGCCUUGAGAACUCUAGUAAUCAAGAAGCAUCCAGAUGACUCCACGCUUUUCCCUAAGCUGCUUCUCCGUCUCCCCGACUUGAGAACUCUGAACAAGCAGCAUUCAGAGAAACCUCUUGCCUUCCGGAUCAACCCUUAAUUCCAGCACAUCAAUCUCAUAAGCCCUAAGACUUCAGGAAAGAAAAAAAAAAUCCACCAUCAAGUAAAUUUACUGCAGCGGACUAAAUGUUGCUCUUUGGGAAAUGACCGUAAUGAUGAAAUAAGAGGUGUAGAAAGGAUACGACAAAGGCAGGAAGCCUAUAGCCCCUGGCAGCUUGUUGGAGUAGAUCCAGUGAGGAGAGAGAUGGGAUGAAGGAAGGAAGGAUGCAUUUCCCAGAUAGCGCUCUCCACAGCACAAUGCAGACUGAAGAUCAUUUACGUGCCAAGAGAGAUCAGGCAAACAAACUAGACACAUCUGUUAUUUCUAAAUGGGUGUGGGUGUGUAUACACACGCAUGCAUAUAUCCACACAUAUAUUUCCAUACGGUGUUGUUUUGAGGCUCUACCCUGUAUAUAAAUGCACCAGCUACAUUGUACAUAAGAGUAAUCCUUGGUAGCUUUUGAGGGUGGGCAAAUGUAGGACCACCUGGUAAGGCAGUUACUGCAAAAUCUAGCUUCCUUAAUCUGCACGCUAGUGAAGUCCCAAGUCUCAAAACUUUUUUUCUUUUCCUUUGUUAGCCUCUGUUCCUUUGCUGCUAUUUUCAGAAAGUGUGUAUGUAUGUGUAUACACACAAACAAAAGAGAUUUUACUGAGUAGAUGGUCUGAUCAAAUAGGAAAUAGAAUUACUUAAGUUUUCCACCUCCACCCCUAUCUCGGCAACUGUUUAACUGACAUCCCAGUUCUCUUUCAUCUUGUUAGGUAUGAGUGUCUAGAUAAUACAUAUUUCAUAAAGAUCUCAAACAAAAAUACAAAAGGUCUUCCACCAGUUUGUGACAGAUUGGUUCUCCAUAAUUUGUGGCUACAACAGAAAGGCAGUAAGAGGAAGAAAGCUAUGGAGAUACUGUCAAUUGAUCAGAAGUCUAGUAUUUCAGCAAGUGAUAGGAAAUUGAUUGUAGUUGGAUGACUUGAAAGAGCUACAAGUAGUCCUCAACUUACAACACUUCAAAGUUACAAUGGCACUGAAAAAAAUAACUUACGAUCAUUUUUCACACUUAGGACCACUGAAGCAUCCUCAUGGUCGUGUGAUCAAAAUUCAGAGG